GUCUUUGGUCGGCUGGUUUACGCUAACACAAGAACGCUAUUUUGUCCUACUCUCUCUUUCUCAAAAAGAUCAUUCCUUUUUUCUUCAUUCUCUCUCUCUUUCUCAGACAUUUUUGUCAAACAGAUGGUGCUCGCUUAACGAACUAACUAGCUCUCCGAGACUCUCUCUAGCUUUGGGUUUCUUCUCCGAUUUAGAAAGGAGGAAAAAAAGCGAAAACGAGAUCCUAAUGCAAGUAGAGCGAGAAACAUGGAAGGAGUAGAGCUGGAACUAGAGAGAAGAAGCAAGUUCUUGAACAGCUUGAUACAGCAGAAGAAGAAGGCUAAAGAGCAGCAUGACCUUAAAGACGAGUUCAAUGUUCGAGUUAGAGCUUCCGACAUGCCUCUGGUUAUGCAGAACAGGGCCUUCGGUUUGUCGCGUGAGCUCUUGAACGCCACUCCUGGAAAGGCCGACAACAAAAGACUCGCUCUCUCCCUUAAAAAGGAUUUUGAUUCAGCCUAUGGCCCUGCAUGGCACUGCAUCGUUGGGACCAGCUUUGGUUCAUACGUGACUCAUUCUAUUGGAGGAUUCAUAUAUUUCCAGAUCGACAAGGUUUAUGUUCUUCUUUUCAAGACUGCAGUGGAGCCCCUCACCAAUGAGUAAAUGUUGAUCCACCUAAAAAGGACCAUCUUCAACUUGUCCCCCUUCCUUUCUGUUUUCUCUGUCUCUUAUUAUUCACACGCUAUUUAAUUUCGAGUUUGAUGCAAAUCAAUAACAGGUUUUUAACUCGUGGCGUGUAAAUUUUCUUCUCCUGUGAAUUGUUUCAGACUUCACAAAUGCAACUUGAAAUCGCCUUGAGAAAAUUUCUCUUUUCAGUACUUUCGCUACUCACUUGUGUAUGUUGUAAAGAUUUGUUUUGGA